CCUCAAGCUCUACAGUACCUCAGUAUUUCAUUCAGUUUAUUAGUGAAACUGCGGGUGGUUGCGUGUUACCUCUAAUCGAUAAGCAUUCCGUCUUCCAACUUGGAAUCCGUCUUUAUUUGCGAUUGCUACAACACUUUAACACCCCACGGACGAAUCAUGAAGCUGGGACCUAAGCGACUUCAAACCGAGUAUGGCCCUUAAAGGGAGAGAUGUCGGUUUGGCUGGCGUCGUCUGCUUUUUCGCAUGGGGUUAUGCAACUAGUUGGUUUCCAGCUAUUCGAUGGGCUGGAUAUGCCUUCGUCGGCGGCACCAUUGUAUCCUUCCUAGGCGUUUGCCUAUUGCUACUAACAUCUCGAGGCUCGACGUAUAGCCAACGGAACAGAUCGGCACGACCAAAUGCUGUUAGCUUUGUGGGCGCCGAUUCCUGGCGUAAAGAAACGACUGCCCUACGACUUCGACAGACUUAUAUCAAGAUACCUCUAUAUUCCGAAUCACCCGCGAUAUCCAACGCAUUGGAUGAUUUGCUCGAUCUGAUCGUACGAGACUUUGUCAAGUCGUGGUAUUCGAACAUAAGCAAGAACCCCGUGUUUGCGAACGAAGUUGACAAUGCCAUAAGACAUGCGUUGGCUAGCAUAAGGGACCGUCUUUUUGAAACAGACCUGGUAGAGGUCGCUACAAGCAGGAUUGCCCCGAUACUGACAGCUCACUUUCGGGAUUUCUAUGAUGCUGAAAGAGCGGUUCGUGGUCGCAGAUUAAACCGUGAUGUUACCGAAUCCGAAGAACUGGAUUUAGCUAUCGCCGCAAAAUAUCGGGAUGGCAAAUUACACCCCGCCGCCUCUCUGGCUUACUCGGAUACGAAGCUAGUACAGCAAGAUCAUCUACGGAACAUAGUCACUAAGAUCCUACCAAGAGUGCUUCCAAGAAACUUAUUGGAUAGUCGUGCCGUAUUCAGCAUCAUUCGCGAAAUAGUCUCUUGUGCUGUCUUGUUCCCCACCUUACAACUACUAUCUGAGCCCGAUACCUGGAACCAAGUGAUGGAGAACUAUGGCCGGAGCAUGCUACAGGAUCGAUCAACAGUCCGUAAACUUCGUGCGGCCUUGGAUGCGCAUGCGUCGCCAACCCCCAAAAGCUCCAAGUCGGUAGCGUUCCCACGACUUUCUCCAAGUGAUAAUGAACGUCGAUUCGAAAGAUUCAUCCGUACAAUCCGCAAACUUAAUAAUUUAUCCGACGCAAGACGAUUUCGAAGUGAAGUCGCGAGUCAACUAAUGAAGGACUCGCAGUAUAAUGGCCAGGAUCCGAUCUAUCUUCGUCGGUUAGAAAUGGGUAAACGUCUUCUAGAUCAGAGAGUUCAGCAAUUAGCAGCGGGUGGUGAUGGUCGACAUGUGCCAUUGCCAAGUAAUCCAUCGCCAGUUUCCGGAUCUUCCAAGUUGGAGAAUGCUUCUUUAGUUGAACUACUACGCGACACGUCAGGUCUUUCUUACUUCAUGGAGUAUAUGGAUAGACAAGGCUUGAUGUCCCUCGUACAAUUCUGGUUGGUUGUUGACGGCCUACGAAACCCUCUGGAAGACGAUGGACCCGACGACGAGCAACUGCCUUCAACCCUGAUCCCUUGGACCGAAUCUGAUCGUGUCGAUCUCGCUCAGAUCGACCAAGCAUACUUAUCUAAGCAAGAACUAAAGGUUCCCACCAGUUCACGACGAACUAUCCGUGAGUUUCUGGAUGCAGGAAGAGCAGCUUCUCCAGCACAGUAUUACAAAGCCCGUCGGGCUGUAUUGCGAACUCAGAGCGCCGUUCUUGAAGAUAUGCAGUCUAGAUUUCUCGACACAUUUAAAAAAUCAGACUUGUUCUACAAGGCGCUGGCGUCGGAGGAGGCCUCGAAGAGUAUUCCUUUAGCUCGACAGCCACAAGCAGGACCAGCCGUUGUCCCGCCGCUUGUUCGCGCUUCGCAGUCGUAUGCAUUGAAACCUUCGCCUGUCACAAAGCUCAACCCGAAGCUAAACACGUCCAAUGGCCAAGUCAGACGAGGUCUUUCUGCUUCGGACCUAAGAACCCCCAAUUCGAAUGGCAGCCAUAGCUCGGAUCCCUUGAUGGGCCAUCGACGGUCGCUAGAUGAUGGCGUAGCUUCGCCAUUAUUCGAUGAUGAUGAUUUGGAACAUGACCCGAUGACUGAUUCACUGUUAAGUCUUGACCAGGAGCCAUUAAUACCUGUACCAGAUACCCAAGUUGUGCAGGCGGUAGAGGAGGCACUUAAUAAUAUUAUGGAAGACGAUAAUCGACCAAAAACAGCGGAGGCUCUUCGCGAGUCGCUAUUUGGCGAAAACGAUGAUGGAGCUUCGAGUAUGUUCUCGGGGCAGGAUAAUGGUUCAGCUAGAGGCUCAAUUGACCAACAACGUCCAAUACAAUCCGGAAAAGAAGUCGAGAAGCCUAGUUUGGCAUCGCUUGGACUUGUAAGCGCGGCAUCUAGGAUCGGCGUUUUCAUGGAUGAUGACCUCUUUGGUGAUGAAGACAAGUUCUUAUCAGACGAACAAGAUCACAACGAUGAAAUUGCUGAUACCGAGGAUGAAGUGCACGAGGCUGCACCAGGAGACCUUGGGCUUGCGGAGGCUAUCACAGCCCUCACGAAUGAUAUUGAACGUCUUGCUGCUCAAGAAGCCGUUAUAGAAUCCCUAACGAAAAAGGCUGAAUUGACAAACAACACAGCCGAGUUGCGCAUUUUACGAAAAUCAAAAGCAAGUUUACAGAGGGAACUCAGGCGAAAAGAACUGCAAAGACAACAAUAUGUAAUUCAAGAGAAUGAUAAUAGUCUCUACGGACGAGCGUCGAUCAAAAUCAAGUCCAUCCAGGUGGGGCGAGAGGAGGAUGGCAAGGAAUUUGCUCUUUAUGUCGUUGAGGUAAAGAGAGACGCUGGUGAGAAGAUGCCCGCAGCCACUUGGAUCGUGACACGACGGUACAGCGAAUUCCACGAACUUCACCAGAAGCUAAGGGAUAGAUAUCCAUCAGUACGAAAUCUUGAUUUUCCACGGCGUCGAAUGGUAAUGAAGCUUCAGAGCGAUUUUCUCCGCAAGCGACGCGACGCUUUAGAACAGUAUUUAAGCCAGCUGCUUCUCUUGCCAGACGUAUGCCGGAGCAGGGAUCUGCGGGCUUUCCUAUCACAAAGCGUAAUUACCCAAGGAGAAGAUUUAAUGAGCCGUGAAGACAAGAAGGAUAUGAUCACUCGCCUAUACGAUUCCGUUACCGAUGGCAUGGAAGAUAUCCUAGGAAAUAUACCUGUCUUGGAUCAGCUCUCUAUAGCAGGUCAGAAUCUAAUCGCAGCCGCUACAAGUCAGAUGAGCACAAUGCCACUCAGCAUCAACGAGGACGCCAUGACAACGGCUGAAGCUGAAGCUGAGUUGAAUGCAUUCGAAAACAAGGAGCUUGAGCCUUUCAUCAAACCUAUCUGCGAUAUAUUCCUCGAAGUAUUCGGUCUUAACAGGGGUAACAAUUGGCUUCGUGGGCGAGCUGUCGUUGUCGUUUUACACCAAAUGCUUGGGGGCACUAUUGAGCGAAAGGUGCGGGACAACUUCAAGGUAUUAGUCCAAGAAGAGGCCGUUCUUAAAUACAUUGCACUCUUAAGGAACAGCAUGUGGCCCGGAGGACAGAUCAACAAAAACAAACAGCCUAGGACACCGCCAGAAAAGGCACGGACUCGCAGGGAGGCAAGCUUGAUGCUAGCCACGUUAGUUCCAGAUUUGGCCGGAAAUGUGGUUGGGCGGCUGAAUGCCCAAGCAGCAAGCCGCAGAAUCUUCGCGACGCUGAAUAACUCAAGAUUAAACUCACAUCUGACUUUCACCAUUCUGGACGAGCUUAUCGACAUUUUAUUCAACGGAGAUUAGUCCGUUAAACUGUAGCCA